AUGAAGAUGAUUUACUAUAAUGUAGCAGCUUGUAUACUUAUCAUCGCAGCGUCAACUGAAAUUGUACUAUCAUGUCCAAGCGAAUGUUCCUGCUCCACAAAUAGCAAUGGGGUUAAUGUAAAUUGCAAAAACAGAGGACUUACUGCUAUUCCACGAAACUUUCCAAAUUCAUCAUACUACAUAGAUUUGGAGGACAAUCAAAUAACUACAAUACAGCAGGGAGCAUUCGAAGCCCUAACAGCACUGCAGAGACUGUAUAUGAGGGGAAAUAAUCUGACAUUUAUCAAGAACGAUACUUUUGAACAUAACAUUAACUUACAAUAUCUAGAUUUGCACAACAACCAAAUAAAUACAAUACAGCCGGGAGCAUUUCAAAACUUAGCAGCACUGCUGACACUGUAUUUGAGUGGAAACAAUCUGACAUUCGUCAAGUAUGAUACUUUUGAACAUAACAUUAAAUUAGAACAUCUAUAUUUGUACAACAAUCAAAUAACUACAAUACAGCAGAGAAUAUUUCAAAACUUAUCAGCACUGUUGGAAAUAAGUAUGGGUGGAAACAAUUUGACAUUUGUCAAGAAUAACACUUUUGAACAUAACAACAACUUAAUAUAUAUAGAUCUUGAUUUGGUAUGUGAUUGCAAUGUUCCGUUUUGGUCAUGGGUAAAAUCACAAUCGUUUCAUGAAGACUUUGUCACCUGUUUGGAUCGGGGAAAUGUGAAACUGUCAAGUCUUCAAGAAAGUGAUUUCGAUAACUGUACCUACGACUCAUGUUAUCCUGACUAUUGUUCAAAUGGAGGAUCUUGUAGUCAAAACAGCUAUGGUGAUUUAGUAUGCUCGUGUGUCGGUGGAUUGACUGGUACUACCUGUACAGGUAUGGACAUGGUUGUGAUUAUGUGAAAUAAAAUGAAACA